AUGUGUUAAAAUGGACCAGAAGUCCACAAAAAGAAGUUGUAGUAGCAGUUGAAUGACCAGAAGUCCAUCACCAUCUGCCACAGCACAACCCAUUUCUUGAACUGCUCACUCCCACACACUAAAACAGACCAUUAAAAAACUGACCCAUUUCACUCUAAAGUACAACACCUAGCUAGCUUAAUCCAUCAUCAUUCAUUGCCCUCACAAUCUCUUCUUAUUAUGAUUGGUUUCAUAUAGUGAUCAGCUCAUUCUGCUAUAUCUAUCUAUCUAUCCGGAUCUCUCUUUUGUUACUAAGAUAUUGUCUGGCAUAAAUUGUCGGUCGGGUUUCUAUCAAUGCUCUCAAGUCUGCUUCACCUCCCCUGGUCAAAAGUUGUUUGAUGAUCCGGGUCAGUGUGGUUAAUCAAUCGUGUUUAGACUGAAUAGAUGAGGCUCCGACUGGGUGUCACAUUAGCCUGCUUUAUCAGCUUGAUUUGGAUUCAGCAUAUCCUAUGCGCAGAUGAAGUUUUGGCGUCUCUAGACAUAAACAAAUGGACAUGUACAUGUCACACAAGCAAACUGAACCAGCAAUCUGCUAUUGCAACCAACUGCUCUUCAUCCUGUGAUUGCAGCUAUGAAGGUCCACGUCAAAAUAGAUGGAAAUGCGUAUGCAACGGUGAUAGACUUCCUAAAGUGGCUGCAGAUCGUGAAUCUGGUUGUUUCGUUUCCUGCAAUUGCAACUCUGGACUUUUGAGUGAGGGGGAGUCUUCCAAGAAGCAAUUCUCCAGCAAAUCACUGUUAAUCAUCCUACUGUUAUCCAUGUUGGUUGCAACUCUUGCAAUUUUUGCUUCAGUGAUGUGCUAUGUAUAUCGAAAGCAUAUUUGCCCUAAGCAAAUCCAUUUAUCCUCGUCUGAUAAAGAUACAAGUUUCAGCAGCACUACAAACUUAAUAAGCUAUAAAACAGCUUCGGUCCCGGAGUCUAAAAUAUAUAUGCAUUCUCCCAACAAUCCUAUCACAGGGUGUAUAUACAAGGCCUCAUAUUUCUUUAAAAAGCAAACAAGGACUGUACAUGGAACAAUCGCCAGUUUUUCAUAUAAUGAUUUGGAAACUGCAACUAAUAAAUUCUCCGACUCCAACUUAAUCGGGGUUGGGGUAAGCAGCCAUGUGUAUUACGGUCAGCUACGAGAUGGUAAACUUGUUGCUGUUAAACGGCUUAAAUCUCAUGGAGGACCAGAUGCCGAAGUGACUUUUUUGACAGAGAUUGAACUGCUAUCAAGACUCCAUCACUGUCAUGUGGUACCUUUGCUUGGCUACUGCUUAGAGUAUCACGGAAAGCACCUUGAGAUGCUUCUCAUAUUUGAAUACAUGACAAAUGGUAACCUCAGAGAGUGCCUUGACGGAAUCUCCGAAAAAUGUCUUGACUGGGGAGCUCGCAUUGUGGUUGCAAUAGGUGCUGCUAGAGGUUUAGAAUAUCUCCAUGAAGCGGCUGCACCAAGAAUACUGCAUAGGGAUGUCAAAUCAUCAAACAUACUCUUAGAUCAAAACUGGCGAGCAAAGAUUACUGAUCUUGGCAUGGCUAAAAGCUUGGUAAGUGAUGGUCUCCCCAGCUGUUCUAGUUCACCUGCUCGAAUGCAAGGGACUUUUGGGUAUUUUGCGCCUGAAUAUGCUAUUGUAGGAAGAGCGUCACUCAUGUCAGAUGUUUUCAGCUUUGGUGUUGUGCUUCUUGAACUCAUUAGUGGACGACAUCCUAUAUACAAGUCACCCGAUAAAGGGGAAGAGAGCCUUGUCAUAUGGGCAACACCACUUUUACAGGACAGCAAAAGAGUGAGCAAGGAAUUGCCCGACCCACGUCUCAAAGGAAACUUUGAAGAAGAAGAAUUGCAAGUGAUGGCUUACUUAGCAAAGGAGUGUCUGUUGUUGGAUCCUGAUGCUCGCCCAACAAUGAGUGAGGUUGUUCAAAUACUUCUAACUAUCGCCCCUGAAAAAUCUAAAAGAAGAAAUUUCUCCAUUGACCAUCAUCAGGACUACACUAUUAGAAUGGAUCGUGCCACAGAGCAACAAACGUCAUCCAGUAGAUCAUAUUCAUCCGAAUCUUCACUGCUCAUGCAUACUCAAGAAAAGAACAAUGAUGAUGAAUCAGCUAUAGAUUCACCCAAGAACCUUGAUCAAGGGAUCUAUCAAACUUUAGAAAGUUCACAUGUCGACCAUGAUGAAACAACUGUUGAUUUAACUGAACCCCGGUUUGAAUCAUUCUGUGUGUUAAAUCUUUCAUCUGAUACCUGAUUUGCAUCAAAAACACAAUGCCAUGUGUGUUAGUUUUGGUUCAUGGGGUGACAUUAUGCAUAAUUUAUUAGCAUGGUGGCAUUUGUCCAAUCUAUCGUGGUGAUUAUAUCUUGAAGGCAGGCCACAAGUUCAUAUCUAUUGAUUCAUUUUAUUUUAAUAAAGCCACUUUAUAGAAAAUAUAUAGAGAUGUAUAACAUGUAUGUAGUCCUUGUUUGUGUACAUGUAUUAUGGUAUGAUUAGUUUACUAUGUAGCCUUGUAACCUUUUUUAAUUUAUUUAAGAAAGUCACAAUAGAUACA